CGUGGGUGUCAUGGCUCCUAUGGAACGCGCGUGAGCAUCGCCAGCAUCGCUCCCCAGUUUCAUUCGUGAUGGCUAACUUGACAGAAAAAGACUUUGCACCGCUGAGCGCGGCCUGUGUGAGGGCCUUGAACGACAAGCUGUACGAGAAGCGCAAGACAGCAGCGCUGGAAAUUGAGAAGAUGGUCAAGGACUUCAUGAGCAAGGACAACGUGAUGCAGAUCCGCAAGCUGCUCAAGCUCCUCGGCCAGGACUUCACCCUGGCACACAAUCCCAAUAGCCGCAAGGGAGGCCUCAUCGGGCUUGCUGCCAUGGCCAUCGCUCUAGGCAAAGACUCGGCGCUGUACGUGGACGACCUGGUCAAGCCAAUCCUGGCCUGCCUGAGCGACUCUGAGAGUCGCGUCCGGUACUACGCCUGUGAGGCGCUCUACAAUGUCGUCAAGGUGGCACGUGGCGCCGUCCUCCCCAACUUCAAUGACAUCUUCGACUGCCUCAGCAAGCUGGCUGCUGAUUCUGACCAGAAUGUCAAGAAUGGCUCGGAGCUCCUCGACCGCCUUCUCAAGGACAUUGUGACGGAGAGCUCGUCGUUCGACCUGGUGGCCUUCAUGCCGCUGCUGCGGGAGCGGGUCUACACCAAGAACCACUUUGCCCGCGCAUUUGUAGUCUCCUGGGUGUCAGUGAUGAACUCAGUGCCUGACAUUGACAUGCUCAUCUUCCUGCCCGAGAUCCUCGACGGCCUCUUCCACAUACUUGAAGAUCCCUCUGUUGAACUCAAGAAGAUGUGCGAGACAACGUUGAGCGAGUUCUUGCGCAACAUAGUGAAGCACCCUGACCGAGUGGACUUUGCCGCCAUGAUCCGGAACCUCAUCGUCCACUCGCAUUCCUCUGAGGAGCUCGUGCAGUACACGGCCAUCAGCUGGAUGCGCGAAUUUGUGGCACUGUCGGGGCGGACGCUGCUGCCGCACGCAGCGGGCAUCCUGGAGGCCAUCCUACCCACCCUCUCGUACGACGAUAAUGCGUACAAUAUCCGUGAGACGGCCAAGGCGGUGAACAUGCGGCUGAUGCAGCUGGUCACCGAGGAGGACGACCAGCCGUCCCAUGGCCCUGCGGUGAGCGAGAGCGACUCGCCUGGGGCGCGCCGUCUGGGCGCGCAGCAGAGAAUUGCGGGCGACCUCCAGCAGGACGGCGUCACCAUGACGGCCGUGCCUGUGGUGACCGAACUGGAGCUGACGCCACUGGUGAAUGUGCUGACGCGGCAGCUGAUGCAUGUGUCGAUGCAGACGCGCAUUGCUGUGUUGCGCUGGUUCCUGCACCUGUUCACCAAGAUACCCAACAAGAUCUUUGUCCAUGUGGAAGAGAUAUUCCCGAAGCUGCUACAGACUCUUUCGGAUCCCUCGGAUGAGGUGGUCCUGUUAGACCUCGAGGUCCUGGCGGAAAUCUCGUCGUCGAGUGCAGCCGGGGGCAGUGGUGCCACGAAACGGGCUGUAAGCAGCGGGGGCAGUGGGGCUGUGCCUGCUGGUGAUGCAGUUGCUGUGCCCAACGGCUACUUCGGCAAGUUCAUGCUGUCGCUCCUCGACCUGUUCCAGUCUGAUCUGCAGCUGCUUGAGGAGAGGGGCUCCUUUAUCAUCAGGCAGCUGUGCGUUUUGCUGAGUGCGGAGGACAUCUACCAGUCCCUGUCGGAGAUCCUGCUUGGCCGGGAGGACCUGCGCUUUGCGGCACACAUGGUGCAGACCCUCAACACCAUCCUACUCACCUCCACCGAACUGUUCGAGCUACGCAACCAGCUCAAGGACCUCAACACCAAGGAGAGCUGCUCGCUGUUUUGCUGCCUGUACCGGUCUUGGUGCCACAACCCAGUUGCCACGAUAUCCCUGUGCCUGCUCACCCAGAACUACGAGCACACCUGCUCCCUUCUGCACCUCUUCAGUGACAUGGAGGUGACGGUCGAGUUCCUCACUGAAAUCGACAAGCUGGUGCAGCUCAUUGAGUCACCCAUCUUCACCUACCUGCGGCUGCAGCUGCUGGACAGCCCGCAGCAGUCGUACCUGGUCAAGUCCCUGUACGGCCUGCUCAUGCUGCUACCGCAGAGUGAGGCGUUUCACACGCUGCGCACCCGUCUCGCCUGCCUGCCGCACCCAUCCCUGCAGCAGAUGGACACCGGCACCACCAUUCGCAGGACUGCGGAGAACAGCAGUGCAGAGCGGUGCAAGUCCGAGAUAGACUUCCAGGAGCUUCUGGAGCACUUCCAGAAGGUGCAGGAGUCGCACAAGAAAGCCAAGCCAGCUGCCAGACUUAACCAAGUGCUACGGCUGAGCGGUGUUGUGGACUCUGUGCAUCAGGCGUGACAAGACUUCGACUUAGGCAUCGCAAUUUUCAUCAGUGCAUCGAGCUCCGCAUUGCUGAGGGUCACACCUUGCUCAUGUGUCACACUGCAGAAUGCACUCAACAGUUGCAUUCUUUGUGUGUCUCCCCAAAUGCUGUCGCGGGCGUUGUGACCAUACAUUCCUCGAAGCCGCUUGUAAAAGUGGUUCCAGAAAAAAGAAAGAUUGCUGAGCGUUGCAUAGCAUUGGUACAUUUUCUAGUUGGUGCUUGUGUUCCUUUUAGUCAUUUUACCAUCUUUGGAUUGUCACCUUCGUACGCGGAUCAAGUUGUAGUAAUGGACGCAUAGAGCCGAUAAUAAGAGUCGAGUGUGCAAUGUGAUGGCGAGCUUGCGGUGACCGUUCCAAAUGUCUUGCGUGCAGAAGAGUCCCAUGAUGGCUUGCCUCAGAGGCUGGAACACAUGUAUUUUUUUAUGCAUCGAAUCUCUGUGAGAAAAACUUAUUCAGAAAAUUGAUGAUUGUGAUAGAGCCAUGUCUGGAAGAAUGUAACGUGGCGUGUCCUUGACCAAAACGCUUUGGUAUAUGCAUAAAUGUAUAAAUAUAAGCCUUCAUUUUGCAUGAUGCCCACGUGUGGUGUUUUUUAUCGUCACUCAAGGAAGCGUAAAGGUCAACUGCAUCGAAAUUGUUGACUGCAUAAAAAGGCCUAGCCUCAGAUAGUAUGCAUGUAAACAGUGUUCAUGUAAAAUUUCAUGUUUAAAAUGCGAGUAGACGUGUCGCAAAACACUUGGAAAAAUCGGCGUCUUUGAUGCUAAAAUUCUAAAAAUGCUGGUAUUGCCGCUUGAUGGAAAUGACGCAGCAACUGGAGUGCUAAGAACUAGCGCUGUGCCUAUUAAAUAAAUGCUUCACGGAAAGACUAGCGCCUCAAUAGACGCUUCAUGGAAGGAUUAGCGGUGCAUGGUGGGCAAGUCCUCUGUCCUGGUUUAAAUGUGCACCGGGCUCCUUAAUGAUUGGCUGACAUGAACCUAACCUUAGCUCCACUGCACAUAGUUGCUGAGACAGCAUGGGUGCCCACAUUGUCUGCUGAGGUGUUAUUUAAAAGCCUCACGCUGUAUAUUGUACUACUCGUAACAAUUCAGCUGCAGUGAAAUUUUGUUUCAGUUGGCCUUUAAGCUUCUGCCCACCUCGAGAUGCAGAUAUUCCCAUCAUCAAAUGAUGAAAUUAUUCGAAUUGGCUGCAUUGUAAAGGAGGCAUUAAAUUCUAGUGACCACUAAGAGCAGAUUUUGUGCUCUGAAUUACAUUAAAAAAAUUAAUGUAUCAUGUUUGCAUGUCUUAACUGCACCACAUAAUUGAUUUCUAAAACUGCAUCUGUAGUUUUUGAAAAAUGCUACUAUUUUUAUAGGAGUUUGACACUCAUGCUAGCAAAGUAAGAAUUUCAUGCAAGAUUUAUACUAUAGUAUGACCAAGUUGCCUGCUUUGAGCACUGUCUUCAGUUGCUGUUUAUGUGAUGCUUAUCUUUUUUUUUUUUAAUUUCAAGUUUUUGUAAAGUAAGUAAUAUUGUAGGACUUAAAAAAUGAUGCACUUCCAACAGUGACUAAAAUUUGAGCUUUUUCUUAAAACGCAACAGAUGCAAUUCAGAUCAGUUUUUCACUUGAUUAUAGAGAGCAUAUCGGUGUUUUACUUGCAUUUGAACAGGUAGUAGGAAGCUAAAGCUUCCUCAGAAUGAGAUCUACCUGUUGUGGAUUUAUCAGCUGUCUUAUGAAAAGUUGGGCAUUAUGGAGGACUGAGACACUUGUGUACAGUGUAUAACUUAUGGUGGCAUAAAUAAAGGUUACGCUAUUUAUUUGUAGCAAUAUA